GCAUCAAGCAAACGAUGGAUGUUCUUUCAUGGGACGGAACAAUCUCUUCGCGCGAAUUCCGUGUCGCUGUUCGCGCGUUCGCCGAGAGAUGGAAAGAAUCGAACCCUGACUUUCCUCCAUGGACGUGGGUCCCUUCUGCAAAACGACACCCGGGUCUUACUUCAAAUCAAAUCGAUGGAUACUUAACCUUAGAGAGGCUAUGCCUUACCGAGUCAACUGAAAAAGAUAUACCUUUUCAGUUUCUGAUUAGAGAGGGAAGACUUUGGUUUCCAAAGCAAGAGGUUUCGGCACUCUGCUCGAAAGUGGACGCCAGUGAAGAGCUCCAAGUGUGGAAUGAUGAUGGAUUAUUAUUUUCACAAUCGUCUUUUUUGCCCAUCGUCGAUUCUUUCAUGUCGUUGCUGUCGUUUGUAAUUGAAGACUCCUAUGAGGUUACUCAGGUUGAGAAAGAAGAGACGGCUUCCUUUGAGGAAGAAGAUCCUGCUGAUAAUGCCACACUGGUUGAAAGGCAUAGUUUUGGAGUACAUUACUACGAUUUCCAUUUAGUGCACAGUGCUUCAUAUCGGGUUCCAGUCCUUUUCUUUCGUGCCUACACGACUGAUGGACAACCUCUUGUGUUGGACGAGAUUGAAAAAGACCUUCCUGCAUCCUCGGCAGAGAUACUGCUAGAAUCAAAAUGGACAUUUAUAACUCAAGAAGACCAUCCGCACCUGAACAGACCAUGGUACAAGUUACAUCCAUGUGGGACGAGCGAGUGGAUGAAGCUGCUUUUUCAAAGUGAUACUUCCAUGGCUAAUAAAGGAGUGGCAAUUGAACUAUAUAUUGUUUCAUGGCUAUCAGUGGUUGGCCAAGUAUUCGGUCUGAGAAUUCCUUCUAAAUUGCUCAAUUAUCGUGAUUAAGUAUGGAAAUAAAAGAUAUUUUUGUUCUUCUGAGAAAAUAAGAUGAAUGAAUUUAUUCCAA